CUAGGUACAUGUAUAGUGCAGUUCCAUCGAUCUGUGCAUGCAUACGCAUGCAUAUGCACAGUCGCCUGAUAAUGCCAGUCGCCCGAAACUAGAAGCAUUCCGGCGGAACGCUUAUCCGUCUAAGCUCGGUAAGCUAUGCCAAGGAACUUUCAUUGACGCGUCACUGGAUCUUUCGGUCUCAAUGUUCAGCUCCAUUUUACGUAUAGAACUUGGACCUCCAAACGGAAGUCUUCUGGCACAAAUACAGUUCAAAGUCACCCAAUUCCCGCAUUCGAAGGAAACGUAAAUCUGGUCACGCGACUAGUGGUAAACGCACACCCAUAUGGCAUACGUCACUUUUCCUAUAUAGCGAUUGAGACGGCGGGUAGGC